GCGGGGGCGGUGCCCGGGUUCGAGUCCCGAGUCCGCCUGAUCCGUUCGGCGCCGCUCGUCGCCCGCUCCGUCUGGCCCCCCCGGCCGCGGAGAUGGGCGACAUGGAGUCCUACAAAGUGAUGCUGAAUGGGCCGGCACCUUGGGGCUUCAGGCUGCAGGGAGGGAAGGAUUUCAGCAUGCCACUCUCCAUCUCCAGGCUGACUCCAGGUGGGAAGGCGGCUCAGGCUGGUGUGGGAGUGGGCGACUGGGUGCUAUACAUCGACGGGGAGAGCACCAAUGCCAUGACACACAUUGAGGCCCAGAACAGGAUCCGUGCGUGUGGGGACAGGCUCUGCCUCACCCUGAGCAGAGCCCAGAACCAGCUGGGGAAGCCGCAGAAGGUGCUGAGCCUUGACAAGCAGCCCCCUCAGCUGCUGGAGCCCCCCAGCAGCCCCGUGUGUGACCCUGUGAAGCUGCGGAUGUUAGAGGACAUUGACGACUCGCAGCCCCACAGCUGGACCUCCCAGUCCCGCUCCUUCCGCAAACUGGCCCGGCUGGUGGGCGCAGACAGCAUGGAGGAUGGUGAGGAUGAGCUUGUUAAAAAGCCCAGGGAUGCCCAUGGGUCCGGCUGGGGCACAGUGGAGCAGUGGCAGCCCCCGCAGCCGCUGGAGCCCCCCAGAAGCCCCGGGUGUGAUCCUGGGAAGCUGCGGAUGUUAGAGGACGCUGAGGACUGGCAGCCCCGCACCGGGACCUCCCAGUCCCGCUCCUUCCGCAAACUGGCCCAGCUGACGGGCACAGAUGGCAUGGAGGAUGGUGAGGAUGAGCUUGUUAAAAAGCCCAGGGAUGCCCGUGGGUCCAGCUGGGGUAUGGUGGAGCAGCGGCAGCCCCUUCAGCUGCUGGAGCCCCCCAGCACCCCUGGGUGCAAUCCUGGGAAGCUGCGGAUGUUAGAGGACGCUGAGGACUGGCAGCCCCGCACCGGGACCUCCCAGUCCCGCUCCUUCCGCAAACUGGCCCAGCUGACGGGCACAGAUGGCAUGGAGGAUCAUGAUGAGAUGUUUGUUAGGAAGCCCAGCCAGGUCUCCGUGUCGGACCCAUCUCCAGGAGCAGCGAUGAAGACUGAGCCAGGACUGGCCCCCAGGACCCCCACUGCCACCCCGGGCCCCACCAGCCGCCCACCAUGGGCUGUGGACCCGUCGUUCGCCGAGCGCUACGCCCCGGACAAGACGAGCACGGUGGUGAGCAAGCACAGCCAGCCGGCCACGCCGACCCCCAUGCAGAACCGCAGCUCCAUCGUGCAGGCAGCCCAGCAGGCCCCCGAGGGGCCCGGCUGCACCCCCCUCUGCUACAAGUGCAACAAGGUCAUCAGGGGACGGUACCUGGUGGCACUGGGACAUUAUUACCAUCCCGAGGAGUUCAUCUGCUGCCAGUGCAGGAAGGUGCUGGAUGAGGGCGGCUUCUUUGAGGAGAAAGGUUCCAUCUUCUGCCCCAAGUGCUACGAUUCGCGCUAUGCGCCCAGCUGUGCCAAGUGCAAGAAGAAGAUCACCGGAGAGGUCAUGCAUGCUCUGAAGAUGACCUGGCACGUGCAGUGCUUCACUUGCAAUGCCUGCAAAACUCCCAUCCGCAACCGAGCCUUCUACAUGGAGGAGGGACAGCCCUACUGCGAGAGAGACUACGAGAAGAUGUUUGGCACCAAGUGCCGUGGCUGUGACUUCAAGAUUGAUGCUGGGGACCGGUUCCUGGAGGCCCUGGGGUUCAGCUGGCACGACACUUGCUUCGUCUGUGCGAUCUGCCAGACCAACCUGGAAGGGAAGACAUUCUACUCCAAGAAGGACAAGCCGCUCUGCAAGAGCCAUGCUUUCUCCCAUGUGUGAGGGGUGGAAGUUCAGCUGUGCCCACGCGUGCCCCUGGCCCUGCAUGCUCCUCUCCCCCCAUCCUGAUGCCUCCAGGGAGCCAGGCUGGGCCCUUGGCCCUUCUCCUUGCUCCUGCCUCUUUCCUGGCAGCUCCUGGCCUGAAUUCAGCUGGAGACAAUGCUGGGUGCAGAGCCCUUGUAGCUGGGUGACUUCUUCUGUGCUUCCUGACUGGCCCUAGGAGCCCUGGGAAGGGGAUGCUGCAUGGAUUUCCUGCCCCUGAACCACGCAGCAUAGUGGGCACAGCCGUGCUGAGGCUGGAAUCGGGGAUGCUGUGGCUCAGCCAGGCUGCUCCCUUGCUGCCUGGCAGCUCAGUGCUGGGGCAGGGAUGUUCCUAACACAUCCCUGAAUGGGUGAGGACCAGCCCCCUGCCAUACUCUUCCUCACCUUCCUUGCUGUGUGCUUAGUGCAUGGGGCUGGAGACCCAGCCCUGCUCCCCUACCCACAGCAACCCCCCAGUCACCCCACAACCUGCUGCAGUGGCUUCCUGCCCUGGCUGCAUUCCAAGGGGAGUCCAUGCCUUGCAACCCCACUGCUCCCCUGAGGCUGGCAGCACCCCCAGCCUGGUGUGCCCCAGCCCUGGGCCGGCAGCUUGUGUUGAUGGCCAGCUGGCUGUCUGCUCCUGCAAGGCUUGGGCACGGCUUCCUGCCAAAGAGUGCUGUCACCACCGUCCUGGGCCCAUUGAUGCCUCCCCCCAACCCACACCCUCUGGUCGGGCUGCACUGAUGUAGCCACGGUGCUUUUAAUGCCUUUAAUAAACACAUCUCUGCGAGUGCC